UCAUGAGACACAGACAACCUGCUGGGAUCAUCCUAAAAUGACCGAUCUCUUCCAGUCCCUAGCUGACUUGAACAAUGUACGCUUCUCUGCCUACCGGACGGCCAUCAAAAUCCGAAGACUGCAGAAAGCACUGUGCUUGGACCUGUUGGACCUGAACACAACAAGUGAAGUUUUCAAACAGCACAAGUUGAGUCAAAAUGACCAGCUGAUUGGUGUCCAGGAUGUGAUCAGCUGUCUCACUACCAUCUACAGUGGACUUGAAGAAAAACACAGAGAUAUGGUGAAUGUUCCUCUUUGUGUAGACUUAUGUCUUAACUGGCUACUCAAUGUAUAUGAUAGUGGCCGAACUGGAAAAAUUCGCGUGCAGUCCCUGAAAAUUGGCUUGAUGUCUCUUUCUAAGGGCCUCCUGGAAGAGAAGUAUAGAUAUCUCUUCAAGGAGGUGGCAGGCCCCACAGAAAUGUGUGACCAGAGGCAGCUGGGGCUGCUGCUUCACGAUGCUAUCCAGAUCCCGCGGCAGCUUGGGGAAGUGGCAGCCUUUGGUGGCAGCAACAUUGAACCCAGCGUGCGCAGCUGCUUCCAGCAGAACCACAAUAAGCCAGAAAUAACUGUAAAGCAAUUUAUAGAUUGGAUGCGCUUAGAGCCACAGUCUAUGGUAUGGCUACCAGUACUACACCGGGUGGCAGCUGCAGAAACAGCGAAACAUCAGGCCAAGUGCAACAUCUGUAAAGAGUGUCCAAUUGUUGGCUUUAGGUACCGGAGCCUAAAACAUUUCAACUACGACGUUUGUCAGAGCUGUUUCUUUUCUGGCCGCACAGCAAAGGGGCAUAAAUUGCAUUACCCAAUGGUGGAGUAUUGUAUACCUACAACAUCUGGGGAAGACGUACGGGACUUCACAAAGGUGCUGAAGAAUAAGUUCCGGUCAAAGAAGUAUUUUGCAAAGCAUCCCCGACUUGGCUACUUACCUGUGCAAACAGUAUUGGAGGGUGACAACCUGGAGACUCCUAUCACCCUCAUCAGUAUGUGGCCAGAGCAAUAUGAUCCUUCCCAGUCUCCACAGCUGUUUCAUGAUGACACACACUCCAGGAUAGAGCAGUAUGCUACUAGGCUCGCGCAGAUGGAAAGGACCAAUGGCUCCUUCCUCACGGACAGUAGCUCCACCACAGGAAGCGUAGAGGAUGAGCAUGCCCUUAUCCAGCAGUAUUGUCAGACGCUGGGAGGAGAGUCACCUGUGAGUCAGCCGCAGAGUCCUGCCCAGAUACUCAAGUCAGUGGAAAAGGAAGAGCGCGGAGAGUUGGAGCGCAUCAUUGCUGACCUCGAGGAAGAGCAAAGGAGUCUGCAGAUAGAAUAUGAGCAACUAAAGGAACAACAUCUUCGGAGAGGAAUAAACCCUCUUGGAUCACCUCCUGACUCUGUUGUGCCACCUCACCAUGCUUCUGAAGAUGCCGAGCUCAUAGCUGAAGCUAAACUCCUGAGGCAACAUAAAGGUCGCCUGGAAGCAAGGAUGCAAAUAUUGGAAGAUCACAAUAAACAAUUGGAGUCUCAGCUUCACCGUCUACGGCAGCUACUUGAGCAGCCUGAAUCCGACUCCCGGGUUAACGGCGCCUCCCCCUGUGCUUCGCCCCAGCACUCUGCCCUUGGCUACUCGCUCGAGCAAGAGACAAACUCACAGUUCCAUCAAACAGAUGACUUGUUAGUUCCGCCUCAUGAUACCAACACAGAUCUAACAGAUGUUAUGGAGCAAAUCAACAGCACAUUUCCAGCUUGCUGCU